AUUUGUAUGUACAUACGUAUUAUUAAGUUGGCAUUUGAAAAUGAUAUUUUUUCUGAGAGAAGAUAAAUACAUUUUUGUACUUAAAUUACACAUAACCAAUGUGCAAAACUAAUCUAUGAAGUAUGUACAUAAUACACAAUGUACGUUUCACUUCUUAAGUGACGUUAUCAUUAAAAAAUAAGGUUAGAGUUCAAGAAAUUUUGUUACAUGAUGGCAAAUACCGGCUUAUUAGUUUUAACAAAUCCUAAAAGAGUGAUAAAAUUAUUGCCGAUGAUCAGAAAACACAUAUUAAAAACUUUAUAUAUUCAAUAUUUUCCGGAAAAGAAUAUUUUUCUCUCUGGAAGUCAUAUGGUUACAAGUUCUCAGUGGGGAAUAUCUCAUUAUGCUCAAAUCAUUUCUAAUAUUUAUACCGAUACAUCUACUAUAUCUUCUCGACUUGAUGUUCGAGUAUUACUUACAAGUAUGAAAAAUCCUAAUAUAUCGAUAAUAAAUACCAAGAAGCCUGUGGAAAUAGUUAUUUUUGAUCAAAUUUGUAGUAAAAGAGAAGCUGACACAUUUAUUCAAGACUAUUUAGCUAACACUUCUAUGGGCUGUAGUUUUAUUAAUUUUGACGAUGAUUUAAAUUCAGAAAAGCUAGAUAGUGUAACGUCUUGCUUUGUUCAAGAAAAAACUUACAAAAAUGUUGUACUUGGAGGUACAUUUGAUAAAAUACAUAAUGGACAUAAAAUAUUUUUAAGUGAAGCUGUAUUACGUUGUACAGAAAAGCUUACAAUUGGUGUAACUGAUACAAAUAUGUUGUCUUCAAAAUUAUUAUGGGAACUAAUAGAACCUUGUUCUACAAGAAUUUCAAACCUGAAUAACUUUUUAGAAGACAUAGAUUCAACCAUAACAUAUAAUAUUGUGGCUAUAAAUGAUAUGUAUGGACCGACUAAAUAUGAUCCAACAUUUGACAUGGUAGUAGUUAGUGAAGAAACAAAACGUGGCGGAGAUAAAGUAAAUGAAAUGCGUGAAAAAAACAAUUUGAGCAAAUUAGACAUUCACGUUGUAAAAUUAAUAAACGAAGAAAAUCAUAAAAGUUAUGAAGAAAGCAAAAUCAGUUCUAGCAAUCAAAGAAUAAGAUUAUUGGGAACAAAACUUCGAGCUCCUCAAAUAGAAAACAAACCUUUAAAACCUUAUAUCAUUGGUCUGACCGGAGGUAUAGCAAGUGGAAAAUCAUCUGUAGCUAAAAAAUUACAAAAAUUGGGUGCUGCACUUGUGAAUUGUGAUAAAAUAGCACAUGAUUUAUAUCAACCUGGUAAAAAAUGUUUUGAUAUGAUAGUUGAAACUUUUGGUUCAAGUAUUUUGAAACCUGAUGGAUUUAUUAACAGAAAAACACUUGGAAAUAUAGUAUUUAAUGAUCAAACACAAUUAAACAAAUUAAAUAACAUAGUUUGGCCUGUCAUUUUAGAAGAAGCAAAAAAAGAAAUAAAUAAUUUUCAUACAAAAGGAUUUGACAUAAUUGUAAUGGAAGCUGCUGUUUUAAUUCAAGCUAAGUGGCAACAUGAAUGCCACGAAAUCUGGACUUGCAUUAUUCCACAAAAAGAGGCUAUACGACGAGUUGUAGAGAGAAAUGGAUUAACUGAAGUUGAUGCAAAAUUAAGAAUUGAAGCUCAACCAAGUAAUGUUGAACAAAUCAAUGAAGCUAAUGUUGUGAUAUGCAGUUUAUGGAGUCAUAACAUUACUGAAGAACAAGUGGAGAAAGCAUGGAAUGAAUUAAUGGCAUUUUUAACCAAUCAAGUAAAAAGUUAAUAAAAAUUUUAUUACAAA